AUGUCCGCUUCUCCUCGCCUCCCCUGGGAGCUCAUCGAGAGGGUCAUUAACCACUCUGAUGACGACCGUAGGACUGUUCGUAGCUGCUCCCGCCAGAGCAACCCGCGCCAUACAACAGAUAUCACAGUUGCAAAAGUGUGUUCAUUCAUCCGCAAGAGGACCAUAAUGGGUGGCUGUCUCUUCUUAGCUCCCGUACGUACCAACUUCGAUGAGGAAGAUGUGGAGACCGGCGAACUUAAUACAUCCCCCGAAGAAGCGGACAGCAACAGCUCUCGGUACUCUAGCAACUCUGCCUUCGGCAUACCGAAGGCACUGUUUUUCCAGGCCGCCAUCAACUAUUUUGGUUCUCUUCAGCAACAGGUCGACCAGCGCAAGGCCGCGGGUGUCGUCACCGGCUCUCGUGAGCAUUCCUCUCAAGCCAGUAUCAUCGCCGCUCCGACAGCUCCGACGGACGAGCAGGCACUUGCCGACGCGUCCACGGUCAUCGCCGCUGCUCUCCCUCUCCUUCGGAGCUGGGACAGUGACCAGGUCAUUUACCCGUCCGAGGCACGCGUGAUAGAAGAGUCCAUGGGGCGCGUCAUGGACUUCCUGGACGAGAAGUGGAAGGAGCAGCCAGGACAAUUCAGGGAAUUGCUGAAGAGGUGCGGAGAGAAUGAGACGUUCGUAAUUCAGGGCUGA